AUGGACGGUAAACUCAACACAGAUUUGUCGUUCGUUGGAUUGCACAGAACCGUGCGGUUUACAUGGAGGUCUCCGAACUUCGGCCACAAUGUUGGGCCUCAACCACUUCCUGCAGCUCAUGCUUCACAAAUAGAAGGAAAGUCAGGCGUGGAAGAGUUCUUCGAGAGGGAUGAAAGGAGAAGGAAACUUCAGGAAGAGGCGAGCAAGCCGGUGAUUCUCCCGGGAGCUCUGCUGUGCCGUUCACGCCAAUUUCUAUGCCCGAGCACAGCAUCCCCGUCGCUGUCGCGAGGUCAAAUGAUACGACAGGCCUGUUCCCAUUGUUGCGAGUUAUUUAAGGUUAAGAAAGGUCUUUUGGACUUGAAGGUACAUGACUUCACUCAAGUCACACACCAGAGAAUUUCCACUGAUGCCAAUGUUCGAGAUCCCGAAAUCAGUGUCGAAAUAAACAAAGCUGUUGAGACGGCGUACGAAGGCACGCGGAAGGCAAACAUCAUCUUGGAUUCAUCCGUCGAGCUCGCAUUGGAGCUUAUUGCGGAGGCGAACAAAAAAAAUUGGGGCUAUUACUUUGUCGACCACGACAGACGUGUCAUUUUCUGGUUCGAAGACUACGAAUCUCCUGACCUUGUGAAUAAUGUUCGAGGUGUAGAGCGAAAAAGCACAUCAGUGUGUUCCAUCACUCAACCAAAGAGAUAUAUUGAGCUAUUUCCAAACAAACGCGUCCUUCCAGAAGACAUUGUCGUGACGCUCAAAGAAAUUGUCAUGCAUGCUCAUGCAGAAAACAUCACUUCUGAAACGUGCCUAGCACCUUUUGCCUUGAGUGAAGUUGCAAGUAUGCUUGGACUUGUAGAUCAUCUCAAGGGUGAAUUGUUCCCUGAUGCGGGAAAGUUGUUGUUGAUCAUCUUUUCAGACAGUACUAACGAGGAGCGCGAGCACUCCGGGUGGAUUGCUGGCAACGCAAAGUUUGUGAAUUUCUGUGGACAACCAGGUGCCCGACUUGACAUAGAUCAAUCUCUAUACGGAGAACAUGACACCCGCUCGAAUAAGAUCAUCCUUCGUAUCAUGGAUGUUAUUCUGUUUGGAUCUCCAGCUGGGAAAUUCACAUGA